AUGCACCACACACCUCUGAGGCUCGCUCUUCGGAGCGCUCCUCUACGAAGGCUCUCGCAGAAACACUUCUCAACGACUGCAUCAGCCCUCGCGAAGAAUCGCGUCUACCCGAACCGAAUCCGGCGGGAGGACGAGCUGCAGACAUUGACGCUCAUGUCGGCCAGCAGUCGCGUGCCUCUCAUUACCUUGUGGAUGGCCACGUGGUGCCAAUCAUGCAAAGUCGUGUCGCCGCUGGUGCAAGAUCUGAUUGAGAAAGACAAGAUUGGCGAGGCGGAGGGCGGGAUCUCCUUUGUGGAGGUGGAGAUGGACAGCCCUGAUUUGGGAGGCCUGGCGGGGAUUGGGAUGAGAUAUGGCAUCAAUUCCAUCCCGACACUCCUUGCAUUCGACCGCCAGGAACCGCAAUUAGAAACAAAGGUGGCACGAUUGGAGGAUCUGAAGAACAAGGACUUCUUGAUCAAGUGGAUUCAGACCGAAGCUGCGAGACGGGGCGAAGGAGGUGCUGGAGGGCGAUUUCUGGGACUCUUUGGCCGAUGA